AUGUCGAACGACCUCAACUGCAUUCGCCAGCGGUUUCGCGAGGUGCAAGAGGACGACGCGUACCUGUCGCAGGAACUCGAGCGCAUCCAGCGGCAGCGCGAGGAAGAGGCGCGCCACGAAGCGAAGCUGGAUUUCCGCGGGCUUCGGCUCUACCGCGAGUUAACCGCCACGUCCGAACCCAUGCACUGGCGCGAAAACCCCGAGAAAACGGAGGCUACGGCAUCCAAGCCAACCGUUCCGGCUACUGGUAACCCUGGUAACCCUCCAGGUGGUAACAUGUGGAGUUACUCCUCCGUCGCUCCCUCUUCCUCGGUUCCCAAGCUGCAGCAUAUGGUUCAGCCGUCCGCUUCCGGAGUUACAUUCUACGGCGCGAAUGGCGGCGGAAGGAGCGGGCGAAUUGAGACGUACGAGAGUGCGGUGAAUAGUGUGGGAAGCGAGGGGAAGAAAGCUGAGAGCAAGAAAGGCGGUGGUGGUUUCGCGAGCUGGCUGAUGGGAGGAGCGGACCAGGAGCAGCAUCUGCUGUGGGAUAAGCCGGAAUAUAAGGAGGAGCUACAACAUAGUAAGGGUAUGUAUUCCCAUGCGCCUUACGGCGAGCGGCGACGGGGCCGCCCGUCGCCCGCGGAGUUUUAUCUCGAAGACCGCAGCGAGCGCGAGCGACGUCGCACGGAGAUCGGCGGCUUCAGCAAGGACCUGGACGACAUGCGACAGCGACUGCGUGCGAUGAGAGUGGAGGAGACGCAGGAGAUUCAACAGCUGCGGAAGAAGCAGGAGCAAGAGGCCUUCGAAGCGGAGCAGGCGCAGAAAUUGCGCGAGCAGCAGAUUCUCCUCCUGCAGAAGCAGCGCCAGCUAUCUUACGCCACGUGGCGCGGCGAAGGCUCGCGUCCGUACGAGUCGCCUUUCGACAAGGAGUCGGAGCUGCUACCAUCCGCUUAUCACGCUGUGGUCGGCAAGCCGCACUUACCUGUCGCGAACGCACCAGUAAGAAUCGACCACGUGGAACUUCCUCCGCCGGUUUGGUCCGCGUCGCGUUCGUCCGCGAGCCUCUUCAACUACGCGAGCCGCGGCACUGGCUCUAUUAGUCGGGCCACUGGGUCCGGGGCGCGCGGCUUGGGCGCCGCAAUGCCCGGCGCCAGCAGCGGCGCGAGCCGGAGCAGCGGCGGAAGCAGCUUGUCGGACGCCGUUUGCUCUAGCAGCAGCAGCGGCGGCUGUGACGUGACGGCAAGCCCCUCGCUAUCCGCUACUGCCGAUGCUGCGGAUGCUGCCGAUUCCGAUGAUGCACCUCUUCUCUCGUCGUCGACUGAGCCUGGCUCUACGCACGCAGCUCGUUACAAUCACUACGCGAAAGAUGCGCUCAAGGCUUCCGCCUGGAGCCCUCCGAGCGCCUCGCUUCCGCCUCCUCCCGGCGGUUCCGCGGAUGCUGUUAUUGACGAGCCCUUGCCGCCCGCAGCCACUUCAGCGGAAUCCGACGUGGCAGAUGCGACGUGGCAGGCACCCGAUGCCUUUUCUGCGCAUCCCUUCGCUCACUCCGCAAGCCGCGCCGCUUUCGACGGUGGAGUUACACCUUCUCUGCCGCAUGCCUCUCUUCUGAUGUCUUCUCACGACUUCGCGGAAGAUUCCGAUGUAGUAACAAAGGCAGAGGCAGCGGCGAGCGCGGCUAGCACCUCAGCUGACGCCGCAUCGUCCGCCGCGAAUGGCGCCGCGACAGCCACCCCCGGUGGAAGCUCGUUUCUCGGGAACCUCUUCUCAUGGACGCGCGCAGAAGCGACAGCGCAGCCGUCCAGACCUGUGUCGCUGCCGCCCACGCUUUCUCUCGCGUCGGCACAGGUGUUCACCGGACCAGAAUUCCACUCCACGUCAUCCUACUUCGGUUCCACGUCAUCAGGCAGCUCCAACCGCUCGAUCAACGGCUACGAUGCGGAAUCGGAGGGCAUCGACGGCUCACGGACCAAGGAGGGGAAAGGAGGGGAGAAUGGAUUUGAGAACAAUAAAGAGGAUGACAGUAACGAGUUCGACGAGCCGCUUUAUAUUUUGGACACCAAGCACGGGGCGCGCAGAGAAGUGGGCGGUGUUGGAAGUGGCAUUGGCGGUGGGAAGGGAUACGCGUUAUUGAGUUUGGAUGAGGGCGACGCAGUGACGUUUAACGAAGCGAGCCCGUCCUGCUGGGCUCCCACGUCAGCAGCCACGUCAGCCACCGCCACCGCCACUAGUGCUUCCCCCGCUGCUUCGUUUGCAAGUAUGGGAGGCAAGGGCAAGGCGCCCAAGUCUUCGUCUAAAGCGGCGGCUGCGGCGGCCAUUGCUGCCGCCACUGCAGCCAAGAUUGCCGCGUUGGGGAUCGGGGGAAAAGCGGAGGAGAAGCGGCAGGCGGAAGCCGCGGAAGGGGGAGCGGGCGGGGAGUCGGGAAGCCGGGGGGAAGAAGGAAAAUGGGGAGAAGGGGAAGGGGUAGAAGACGACGAGGAGGAGGAGGAGAGGAAGGGGGGAGCGCGCAAGGCGUUCUGGGACGAAGGGGAGUAUGAGGCGGAGGAGGAGGCGGAAGAGGUGAAUGAGAUACUGGAAUUACAAGAGUGGAUGGAGGCGCAGAUGCUGGUUGAGGGCGUGCGGAGGGCGCUCACGCGCGGAGGGACUGGGGGAAGCGGAGGAGCCGGGGGAAGCGGAGGGGGGAGAGUGAAUGAGGUGGAAACCGGAGGGGCCGGAGGAGGGGGAGCGGCAGCAGCGGGAGCAAGAGGAGCAGCGAGUGUGUGUGAUGCUGAGAUGGAGGCAUGGAUGCUUGCCCUGCCUCCGCUGGUGGUGAUGGCUCGCAGUGACGAUGGAGUGGAGGAGACUGGUGAGGAGGAGGUGGAAGAGGAGGGAGACGGGGGAGAGGAGGAAGUGAUGGUGGUGGAAGGGGAGGAGGGAGAGGAGGUGGAGGUGAUAGAGUUGGAGGAAGGGGAGGAGCUUGAGGAAGGGAUGGAAGUGGUAGAAAUAGUGGAGAGGGAGGUGGAGGAGGAGGAGGAGGAAGAGGUGGAAGAGGAGGAGAGGGAGGGGGACGUGGAAGAGGGGCACGGUGGGGAAGCGAGUGGAAGUGAGGGAGAGGAGGAGAGGGAUUCUGGUAGUGAAUGUGGUAGUGAGUAUGCAAGUGAGAGGGAGAGUGAUGAGGGGAGUGUGAGUGGGAGUGUGAGUGAGAGGGAUAGUGAGUGCGGGAGUGAGAGUAGGAGCGAGAGUGGGAGUGUGUGUGGGAGCGAUAUUGGGUCAGUGAGUGAGGCGAGUGAGGGUGUGAGUGAGGAAAGAGAAGAAAAUGAGAGAGUGGAGAGUGAGGAGGAGAGUGAGGAUGAGAGAGAGGCGGAGAUCGAGGAAUAUGGUGGUAGUGAGGGGGAGGAAGUCGCUGAGAGUGAGUGUGGGAGUGAGGGGGGAGAGGAAGGCAGUCUGAAGAGUGAGGAUGAGAGAGAAGAGGAGGACGAGGAGGGAGGCGAAGGGGGUGCGGGGGAGGAAGCUGCUGAGAGUGAGAGGGAGGAGGAGCGCAGCUUGAAGAGUGAGGGUGAGGACGAGGAUGAGAGGGAAGGGAGCGCCGAGGAGAGGGAGGAGGGUGCGGAGGAGAGGGAAGAGAGGGAGGAGAGGGACGAGGAGCAAGAGGAGGAGGAGGAGGAGGAAGGGUCAGUUAAAGCUGACGUGGAUACCGAGGAAGAGGAGGAAGGGGUGGAAGGGACUGGUGGUGAUGAGGUGGGGGAGGGGGAGGAAGGAGAAGUAGAAAGAAUGGAAGCAGAAGGAGCGGAAGCAGAAGAGACAGAAGAAGGGAAAGAGGGAGGAGACGGGGAGGAGUUUCCGGAGGGUGCAGGAGAGGGGGUGAGGGAGGAGGAAGGCGAGGUGAAGGAGGAGGAAGGUGGGGUGGAGGAGGAAGGUGAGGUGGAGGAGGAAGGUGGGGUGGAGGAGGAAGGUGAGGUGGAGGAGGGAGAAAGCGAAACGACUGGUGGGUGUGAGGACGAGGGUAUAGAAUCGUGUGAGAAGGAGAGUGCGGAGGAGAGUGAGGAAGAGGCACGGGAGGGAGAUACGGAGAGUGUAGCCGAGAUGGAGGAGGGAGAGGAGAAAGAGGAGUGUGUUGAGGAGAGAGUGGAAGAGGUAGAGGAGGGAGAGGAGGCGAGUGUGGAGUUGCGUGGUGCAGAGAAAGCGGAGGAGAGGGAAGGUGAGUCGUGCACUUAUGAAGGGAGUGUGAUGGGAGGAGGGAUUCACGUUGGAGAGAGAAGGGAUGAGACAGCAGACGUGGUAGGGAUCGCUGACCUGGCGGGAACUGUUCUUGAUGCUGCUGAUGUGGCGGUCGCUGCUGAUGUGGCCGAAGGUGCAUACUUAGCAGAAGGAGCUGACGUGGCAGAAGAUGCGGAUGUGUCAAGUGGUGCUGAUGUGGCAGAAGGCCCGGAGGCAUGUGACAGGUUGGCAGAGGAUGCCAGAUUUGGCGCAGCGGGGAAGGAGGAAGGGGGUGAGGAGGGCAGUGAGAAGGGAAGUGAAGAGGAGAGUGGGGAGGCGACGGGUGUGUACGAAGAGAGUAGUGUGGUUGAGGAGAGUGUGGAGGAAGAGAGUGUGGAGGAGGGAGUGGAGAGAGAGGAUGAGGAUGAGGAGGUGGAGGUGAAGGGAGAGGAGGGAGAGGAGGGGGAAAUGGAAGAGCAGGAGUGUGGUGAUGGGGACGAAGAGGAGGUGGAGGUAGAAGAGGGUGAGGAGGGAGAGGUAGAGGGGGGAGUGGAAGAGGAGGAAGAGGGAGUGAUAUACGAGUACGUGAACGAGGAGGACCUAGAGGAAGGGGAGGAGAUCGUAGAGUUCGUGUAUGAAGAGGAGGAGGAGGGAGAGCAGGGGGAGCGAGAGGACGAGGCAGAGGAGGGAGAGGAGGAGGUGGAGGCGAUUGGGGAAGGGGAAGGGGAGGUGAUCUUAGAGUUCGUGUAUGAAGAGGAGGAGGAGGGGGAGGGAGAAGGAGAGGAGGGAGAGGGAGAGGAGGAGGAGGUGGAAGAAAUUGGGGACGAGGAGGUUGUGGGAGCAGAAGAGGAGGAACAGGAAGAGUAUGCAGACGAGGAGGAAGGAGAGGAAGCGUAUGAAGUAGUGGAGGUAUUGGAAGAGGAUGGGGGAGAGGGUGGGGAGGAGGGGUAUGAGGAGGGGGAGAUGGAGGGGGAGGAGGGAGAAGAAGAGGAGGAGGUUGAUAUAUUGGAGGGCGAGGGGGAGGAAGAGGGGGAAGGGGAGGAGGUGGAAGAGAUAUUAUCUGACGAUGAGCGGGAGCAGAUGCUGGAUGAUGAUGAUGAUGGGGAGGACAGGGAGGAGGAGGGGGAGGAGGAGACGUUGGAUGGUGAGGAUGAGGGGAAGCAAAUGGAUGAGGGAGAGGAGAGUGAGGGAGAAAUGAAGAGGGAGGGAGAGGAGGGCGAGGUCGGAGUGGGAAGUGAGGAUGGAGAGGGAAGCAGGGGAGAGGAGGGGAAAGAGGAAGUGGAAGAGGAGGAAAGGGAGGGAGAGGAGGAAGAACAUGGAUCUGGUAGUGAGGAACACAAUAACGAGGAUGGGGAAGGGGAGGGGAGUGCUGAGGAACGUGAGGAUGUGAGUGUGGGUGGGGAGGAGGGGAGUGAGUAUGGGGAUGAUGUGAGCUUGGGGAGUGAUGAGGAGUACGAGGAGGUUGAGGAGGAGUAUGAGGAGGUGGAGGAGGAAUUGUCUUACACUAUGAGUGAGGGGGAGGGUGGGGAGGAAGAGAGUGAGGGAGGGGAAGGGGGAGAGAGUGAGGGAGUGGGAGAGGGAGUGGGAGAGGGAGAGGGAGAGGGAGAGGAAGGAGAGGUUACUGGGGAGGCUGUUGCAAUCGGUUCAGAGGGAGCUGAGGAGGAGACUGAGGAGAGCAGAAGCGGAGAGGAGGAUUCGAGUGAUGAAACACAUGAAGCAUCUCACUUGAAGAUUGAAGAGGAGAGAGUGAUGGGCGAUGGAGGCAUGGAGGAGGAAACAGGCUCAGAGGACGGGGAGUGGGAGGAAGUGGGGUCAGAGGAAGGCUCGUGGGUAGGAUCAGAGGAAAUUUCAGAGGAAGGUUCCCAAGGGGGCGAAUCAGAGGAGGCGGCUGAAUCGGAGCAGAAGCAGCAGAGGGAGCUAACGGAUGGGACGGAGCAGAGAGAGCAGAAGGUGAGGGUGGGGAGGAGGCGGCGCAGAGUGCACAAGGCGGGGGUGUCGUUUGGGAAGUUCAUCCCCGCUGAGCUGAGCGACCUGGAGUCCCAUGAGCUGGAGGGGGAGGGCGAGGGGCACAAAGGGGAAGAGCAGGAGAAGAACGGAGUGGUGCUGUGCGGUUGA